AUGAUCCUGGUAUUGUCGAGGUUAGUUCAAAAGCUACCACUUCGACCCAAGCUCACUUCCAUCCCAACAAAUAGUAUGAAAAUUCACUCACUUGCAUUGGCAGGUGCAUUCGUCCAGGCAUCCGCAUGGAUGCCAAACAUUGCUUCCAAACACAACACACUUCUUUCGAUUGUCCAUCAGAAAAGAACAACUCAUCAAUCACCUGUCCAAAAAGUUCAAAGUCAACUGCAUUCGACGUUUACUCCCGAAGGCAUUGAAUUGCCAACCCCAUUGGUUCCUACUGGAAACACCAUCGCCGACGGUACUGUGGUUUCCAUUUUUCGUGGUGGCUUUGCCGCGAUUCGAAUAAAAGACGACAUUGACGAGGCGUAUGCCACACCACAGGUCGUGGACACCACAGGCAAGCUCCCCAAAUCUUUCAAAAUGAAUAGUCUAGGAGGUGAUUUGAUUGGACAUCAAGUGGUCUUCAACAGCGGCCAAACGGGAGUCAUUGUCACACACCGACCUCCCAUUGUGUUUGUCUAUACAGGGGACGAUGAAAUUCAGACUAUGGAUGGAUCCGUCGAAAUAUUGGACAGCCUUGCCAAGGUUUCUGUACCGGAUGAUCUCAGGAGUGUCGAUUGUUUUGGAACCUCAUUAUUGGGCAAAUCAUCAUCUCAAAAGGGAGCAGCAGCAGAUGCGGAAACAAAGCAACGGGCCAUCUUUUCUCCCAUUCCACAAGUCAAGGACAUUAAAUUGAUCAAUAGUCCAUUGAUCACGGGUGUGACCAUGUUUGAUGCACUCGCACCUAUUGGAAAGGGCCAAAAUAUGUUGUUGAUUGGAGACGAUGUAGAGGACAUGAGAGGCUAUGUUUGUGAUUUUCUUUCCAUUCAGGCUAAAAGGACGAGAUGUGUCUACGCAUCAACCCAAGACAACGACAAGGCUUUGGAAAUGCUUCAAAAAUUCGGUUUGCAGGAUGAUGUGAUUACUGUAUCACGAACCAGUGGAGCAGACUCAGAUAAGAUCUCACAGGCGGCAGAAGCUACCAUGGUUGCAGCAACGGCUUGUUCGAUUGCCGAAUCUUUUGCUUUGGAAAAGGGCGAAGAUACCUUGGUGAUCGUUGACAAUAUUGAUCAGCACAAGAAAUUAUGGGACGCAACAACUCGAGUCUUGGUGGAUGUCUUUGGCAUUGAAUCUGUUGUCAAGAGUGAUCGCGAUGGAGGCGCAUCCUCGGAAAUGAGAGCCUUCUUUUCUUCCUUGAUACAACGCUCGGCAGCAUUCAAAGUCAAGCGCGGUGGUGGUAGUGUGACUCUGCUUUUGUUGACGACGAUCCCAAGGCUUUCCGUGGACGAUGAUAGCCGUGAAUUCACAGCUGAUGAUUUCAAGGAUAGUCCCGCUAAGAUCAAGGACCGCAUUCAACUACUCACAGACAAAAAGGUUCCACUCACGACAGCGACCUUGAGAAAGAUUCAAAUUCCCAUUCCAUCCGACUCGGAAGGCAUGAGGCGACUUUCUUUGCAACAUGUGGACGACCUCAUUAGUAUGUCGGAUGGUCAAAUAUGGUUGGACGAAGAACUCAAGAAAUCUGGAAGACAGCCACCAAUGGACUUUCAAAGGAGUGUGACGAGAAUAGGAAUCGGUGCGGACACGGAAUCACGAGCGGAUGCCGCUGCAAUUCGCCGAGUGGUGGAAGGUUUAAGGUUAGAUCUAUCGCAAGCAGAACACAUGGAAGGAGCUGAGAUGGGAGCCAAGUCAUCGGUCAAGCAAGUGAAGAGUGCUAAAUCCUGGUUGCUAGCCAUGCAUCAACCACCUCUAUCCCAUAGCCGGUCAUUGUCUGAGUCAAUCGUCGUCCUUUUGGCGGCAUCCAAGGGACAUCUUGGAGAUUUUAUUGACAAGGGAUAUGGAGCUGGAACCAAGGAGGGCGAAGAUUUGAUUGCAAAUUUGGUCAGUCAUGUCAAGGCCAAUGCAGUCAAUGCAAUGGAGGAAAUCGAUUCGACCCAAGACUUAACGCCGGAGUCGACCAAAGAAAUCGAGAAUGCAAUCAAGGGAUUUUUGUCAUCGUCGUUGUAG